CGUUUGUGUCUAUCCCCUUGUGCUCGAUGGAUGGGCUCGACCUCGAGAAGGCGGAUUGCUCGCACAGCGCGCGCGCGCUCAAAUUCGCCGACGUCAACUCGACUCGGAUGCCGGAUGCAUUUCGGCUGGCUGUCGCUCCAGCUCGGAGUGCGCUUCGGGCGUGCGAAAAGCCACGGCCAUCCCCGGCGGGUGACAUUCAUGGCUUGCUGGACAUGAGUGCAGAUGGACCACCACUUCACUUCACCAGUGCAAGAAAAGUCGCACAUUGCCCGAGCUGCAAGGGCAAUGUCCUUGGGAUGUGAGGUGACGAAUCUCAAGUGUGAUCGUUCGCUCGCUCGCGCGUAGACGAAGUCGAGUUUGUGAAAAUGGGGUCUAUCUAUCUACGAAUGAGCCUGGCUGGGACUCAGACAGCCGCAGUGGGGCCAAAGCGUUAUCUGCGUACUCGAUGGGGAGCGCCGCGCCUGCCUCAAAGCCUGAGGUAGGAUGUUCCGAAUCGGGCCCCAAAUGACAGAGAAUGUGCGGGAUUUGAUAAGUCGCGGACAAUCUCAGAAAAAGUCGUCUUGCGCAGGACUGCGACCGCAGAUUGUCGACUCACUGGGGUGACAUUGAUACGCAGCCAUCGUCCAUAGGCCUCCCAUUCAUCACGUAUGGAGGCAUUUCGCUUUUGGGGGUGACCCUUUGGCGUUCCAAGGGGUGCGACAUGCUCCAAAAGAGCACUAGAAUCAGCAGAGUCCGGUGGUCUGAAUCGCUCAAGGGCUCGCGAGAUGACGAGGGCUGAUGGCGCUCUCAGUUGCCUCGAGGGCCUAGGCUCAAAUGCCUCUUCGAGAUGGCUCGCCAAAGUCACCUUUGGCUCUUGUGAGGGAUAAGAGAGAGGUCAGUAAAAACAAGUUCC